AAGAUUUUCGAACACAUCCACCAGUCUACCUUACUAAGCGCUACGUCACUUAAAGUAAAAUCAAGCAAAUGGCGCAGCAAGACGGGGCUCAGCGGAGUAUUGCUUCGUGAUGGAAAUGGAAGUGGAAAAAAUAGAAACAGCCGAAUGUGUUUCGCAAGUUCAGUUAGCUUCUAUCCAGGAGUGUCGUAUUUGUUUAAAAAAUUGCAACCAGUUUUGGGAAUUAUUCCAAAAUGAUGAGGAUAUUCCAAGAAAAAUCAUGGCGUUUGCAGCUAUACAGGUAGAACACGGCGACGGUCUCCCAAGUGUUAUUUGUUUUUCAUGUCGUCAGCUAUUGGAUAUGUCAUAUGAUUUCAAAUGUCAGGUUGAAAAAUCUGAUGCUGCUUUACGUAAAAUAUUGCUAUCGAAUUUAAAAGUAAACGGAGAUGCAGCUAAGGAGUUAUUAUCACAAUCGAUCAAUGAUGUUAUCACGGAAGCCAUUGCUGACGAAAUUCCUAAUCAGCAAACAGGAAUAAAGGAAUUGGAAAUGCAGAGUGUAUCAAAAUCACAAGCUGCACAAGAGAUGAAGCGUGUAGUAUUGACUAAUUUUGAUGAUAAACAAAGUACAGUAGCUUUUGAAAUCAGUGAGGAGUGCAUGAGUGGUAACGAGUCCUCACAAGAGGAGGAAAUGCAGGACAAAAGCCUGAGCGAUGAAUCAAUUGAUAAGCAAAUAGAGAAAGAUGACGAUUUCAGCCAGCGCGAGAUAAUAUCUGCUUUGGAGAGUACAGAGAUAUUGCUGGAUGACCAGGGUGUUACAGUAGGUAAAUUAAUUGAUUCGACAGAUCAAAAUACUGAACCAGAACCCAUUAAACAAGAGGAUAUGCCAUUGUCAGAGGAAUGUGAAUUGUUAGAAGGAGAGAGGAACAAUCAGGAUGAAAUUAUUUUUCAUGAUGAUCUCAAGUUUGAAUUAAAAAAUAGUUUACUUUCUGAAGGGGAAGACGAAGCUGAUGUUUCGUCUGAAUCGGGUAAAUUAAAACCCAACAAUUGUCAAAUUUUUAAUGAAGAAAUGAAUGAUAGUGACGAAGAGAAACCAUUGAUCACGAGAACCAGCAGACGAAAAUGUCCUCACUGUAUCAAGAGCUUUGCCACAAAUCUAGCUUUGCAACGACACAUGACCAUUCACAAGCACAAAACUAAAUUGAGAUAUGUUUGCUACUUGUGUGACAAACAAUUUUCUACUGUUGCAAAGUUGAAGAAUCAUGUGUCAGAUAAUCAUGAUUCUUUGAAAAAUGAUAACAGAGUUGAUAUUGAUAAUAACUGUGGUGCAAUAGAUACUGAUAGAAAAGGGGAAAAGUUAGAGAAAGACAUUGACAUUUCGAUAUACAAACAGAAAACAGAUAAAAAAAAUUAUAAAAUGAAAUGCAAAGUCUGUGCGAAACAGUUCACCUAUCAAAAAUCAUUUCUUUCCCACAUUAAGACUCACCCUGAAUAUGAAAAAUGUGAAAAUUCAGAUAAUCAUUCCAUGCCGCUGACAACGAUAGAAGAAUCGCUGGAGCAUCAAACUGAUUCGUCUCAUUCCAAAAUAAACGAAUCCGACGACGACGAUUUACCUCUCGAAGGUUUACAGUGCACUCAAUGUGGUAAACUUUUUGCAACAAAAGGAAACCUGAAAAGGCAUGUAUCAACCCACAGUGGUCUUAGAUUCAAUUGUUCAACAUGUGGAAAGGAAUUCUCUAGAUUAGAUAAACUCAAAGAUCAUGAGCAGUCAAAACACAAAGCAGAAAUAUUUGGGGCAUCUGAUGAUGAAGAUGAGGAUACAGAUAACGAAAGUAGACCAAAUGAAGGUGCCGAAUCCAAAAGGAAGGAAAAAAAGUGCAGACCUCAUCAAUGCGCUAUGUGUCCAAAGGCAUUUGCGCAGGCGCAAUCAUUGGCCAACCAUAUGGAACGACACAAACGCAUCAAAGAGCCGCAAAAACGUUUCCUUUGUGAAGUAUGCAGUAAGUGCUUUGCACAAAGUGGAUCGCUAGUAGCCCAUAUGAGAACUCAUACAGGAAUUAAGCCAUACGUUUGCAAUGUUUGCAGUAGAGCAUUUACAAAGAGUACAUAUUUGCAGUUGCAUCUCCGCACACAUAGUGGUGAAAAACCAUACAUAUGUCAGUAUUGCAGUAGAGCAUUUGCUAGAGCUAAUACGUUAGCUAGACAUAUAACGAUGCAUACAGGAGAAGCGAAAUAUCAUUGUCAAAUAUGCAUGAAAUCAUUCAGACGAUUGACUUCCCUAAAUGAACAUACUUAUACUCAUACUGGCCAGAGACCAUAUGCAUGUAAAAUAUGUUCUAAGCGCUAUAAUAAUGCUGGCUCUUUAUAUGCUCAUACAAAAAAAUGCAGAGCGCAACAAUUAUCAGGAUCAGCAUCCACCUAUACAGUUGCGGUUGAUAAUGCCAAUCAAAAUGACGUUUCCACAGUACCACAAAUGUUGAUUUACUCCCAAAGAAAAAUUGUCCCCAGUGAACCUCAGGCUGCACAACCUCCAACGCCACAGUAUUUGGUCACGACUGUUCAGAGUCAAAAAACUCUUCCAACCCAUAUCAGUCAGUCCUUUUCAGUUGGGGACCCUCAUUUUUAUGCAAUAGAUGGAAAGCAAUUGAAAAAUCCUUAUUAUACAAUUUAUCCCAAUAUGUAACAUAGUACGGAUUAUCAAUUUGGUAAGGUCUUUUUAUCACUGAAUGCUUUAUUUUCCUAUAGAAUUCUAUAGAAUCGUUUCAUUAUACAAAGAAGGAAAAAAGCUAAUCAAUGUAAAUAUAUUUUGAUGUACUCUUUAUACUCUGUGAGGAAUCAUUUUACUUGCAAUCAUGUAAAAAAAGUGUUUACCUCCGUUUCUCAUCAUUUUAGAAUUACUUCACUUAACGGUACCAGUUUUUGAACGGACAGAUAUGAUUAAUAUAGGCAUUAUUGGUAUUCUAAGAGCGCCCAUGUGUAUCAGUCAGAAGUGGAAUAAUCAAUAUCCAAAUAGAUGACGGUUAAAUCCAAUAUAAAAUGUAUAUAGUGUAAGCAGAGCUGAAAUUCGUGCAGACUAUCUGUCGUAGUACGAAGCUGCAUGGUUAUCAAAUACUUCAUCCAUGUAGCAUAUUUGCAUAAAAGUAAAUUUAUAUUACUACCGACACACAACAUUAUUUUAUAAUAAAGUUUUUAUAAAAUUAUAA